CCCGUCGCGUAACAUUCCACGCGCCGCCCGUCGCGCCGCCGGUGUCGGCCAUAGCUUCGGCCACAACGUCGGCUGCGGCAAAUGACGGCAUUGGCUGCAUGCACGACGAGCACGCAAUGAAUCUAAGCAGCGGUCUGCGGUCUGACUCCGAGCAAGUCCUGGACGAGCGUGUAGACUGACAUGAGGGGCAUCGCAACUGCAGCUUCAAGACUCACGACAUCCAGCCCCGCGCUCCUCCGAGCUCCCACCUGCCCCACCACCGUCCCCCGCCUCUGCCUCCGCACCAUGUCCGCAACCACGCGCCGCGAAGACCCCUUCAAGCCCGCCGCCCGCGUCGCCGGCCAGAAGCAGGAUGUGUGGACCAUUGUCAACGAGGCGGCCGCGGCCUCGCCCAUCAAGCCCAUCGUGAACAUGGGCCAGGGCUUCUUCGGCUACAACCCGCCGCAGUUCGUGCUCGAUGCCGCCAAAUCCGCCCUCGACCAGGUCGACUGCAACCAGUACUCGCCCACCAAGGGGCGCCCGCGGCUAAAGAAGGCCAUUGCGGACGCCUACUCGCCCUUCUUCGGCCGCGAGAUCAACCCCGAGACCGAGGUGACCAUCACAACGGGCGCGAACGAGGGCAUGCUGAGCGCCUUCAUGGGCUUCCUGGAGAAGGACGACGAGGUCAUCGUCUUCGAGCCGUUCUUCGACCAGUACAUCUCCAACAUCGAGAUGCCCGGCGGCAAGGUCGUGUACGUGCCCAUGCACCCGCCCAAGGACGGCGCCACAAAGACGACCUCCGCCGCCGAGUGGAGCCUCGACAUUAAGGAACUGGAAGCCGCCAUCACCCCCAAGACGCGCAUGAUCGUCCUCAACUCGCCGCACAACCCCAUCGGCAAGGUCUUCUCAAAGGAGGAACUCACUGCCAUCGGCGACCUGUGUGUAAAACACAACAUCAUCAUCCUCAGCGACGAGGUCUACGACCGCCUGUACUACGUACCCUUCACGCGCGUCGCCACGCUCUCGCCCGAGAUCGCCCGCCUGACCCUGACCGUCGGCUCCGGCGGCAAGAACUUCUACGCGACCGGCUGGCGCGUCGGCUGGCUGAUCGGGCCGGAGCACCUGAUCAAGUACGUGUCGGCAGCGCACACGCGCAUCUGCUACAGCAGCGUCUCGCCCUUGCAGGAAGCCACCGCCAUCGGCUUUGAGCAGGCCGACGCGCACAAUUUCUGGGACGAGAGCAAGGCCGAGAUGAAAGCCAAGAUCGACAAGUUCACCGCCGUCUUCAAGGAGCUGGAUCUCCCUUACUCGGACCCCGAGGGCGGCUACUUUGUCCUCGUCAACAUGAGCAAGGUCAAGCUGCCAGAGGGCUACGAGUUCCCGCCCCAUGUGGCCGAGCGCCCGCGCGACUUCAAGCUCUCGUGGUUCCUGAUCAAGGAGGUGGGCGUGGCGGCGAUUCCGCCGACCGAGUUCUUCACCCCCGAGAACGCGCAUAUUGUGGAGGAUUGGCUGCGGUUUGCGGUGUGCAAGAAUGACGAUGUGCUGGAGACGGCCAUGGAGAGGCUGAGGGGGCUGAAGAAGUAUAUCCAGGAGUAGACAAGGUAAAAAGAAGAAUUUAGCGAGUGAAGUCAA